AUGAUCGUAGAGGCGAAGUUCAUUGCAUCUGUUGUUGAAGAAUAUGGACCGUCUACAAAGGUUGGAGCGAUUGUAGGAGGCCAGACCUCUUGCAAGGCCCCUGAGCUUGAAGCCUUUGAGAAGUAUCUCCCCAGUGACGUGGAGAUAUUAUCGUGCCACUCACUCCAUGGACCAAAUGUCAACCCCAAGGGUCAACCAUUGGUCUUGAUUCAACAUAGAGCAUCAGACGAAAGCUUGAAGUUCGUUGAAGAGAUCUUCAGGUCCUUCCAAUCCACAUAUGUCUAUCUCAGUGGAGAAAUGCAUGAUCGGAUCACCGCAGAUACCCAAGCAGUCACGCACGCUGCGUUUCUAAGCAUGGGAACAGCAUGGCAUGCAAAUAGCCAAUUCCCAUGGGAAGUUCCCCGUUAUGUUGGAGGGAUUGAGAACGUUAAAAUCAACAUCACACUGAGAAUAUAUGCGAACAAAUGGCAUGUGUAUGCUGGCCUUGCCAUUCUCAAUCCCGCUGCCAAAAAGCAGAUCAGACAGUAUGCGGAAUCAGUAACGGAGCUGUAUAAGCUGAUGCUGGGUGGGCAUCGGGAAGAGUUGACAAAGAGAAUCAAGACUGCUAGAGCUGCUGUGUUUAAGAGCAAUUCAGCAAGGCAAGAUCUAUUACUCCAAGACAACGUCCUUGAUAGAUUUUCUCUAUCAAAAGGAGGCACGGAGAGGAUGCCGAAUAAUCACCUAAGCCUACUUGCCAUCGUCGAUUGCUGGUGGAAACUAGGGAUAGUCCCUUAUGACCAUAUGAUUUGCUCAACUCCCCUCUUCCGUCUCUGGCUAGGAGUUACAGAGUACUUGUUUCAGAACGAAGAACUUCUGGACGAAGUGAUUGACACCGCUAUAGAGGACAACACAUUCCGCUCUGAUGACCUUGAAUUUACCUUUGCAGCUCGAGCAUGGUCAGAAUGCGUAUCCUUUGGAGACUUUGAGUCGUAUCGUGACAGGUUUGAGAAAAUACAGUCUUACUUUGCUCCAAGAUUCCCUGAAGCAGUCCGCGUUGGCAAUGAGAUGAUGAAGACCAUCUUGGAAAAGACGUCAAAGCCAUCUUGA